UCUGCUUUCUCUCUCAUUGCACUUUUAUUCUGUGAGAAGAGAGACCUUUUUUGCUUUUGGAGCCUUUUUUGUGAUAUUUUUAUGUACACUCAUCAUAUGCCCACAGCCACAUCUGCCCUCUCAUCCUUGUGACUCUAUCCACCUCAAACAUACACAUUCAAGAAACCUCCAGCUUCUAGGGUUUUGGAAAGAAAUUCACCACAUUUUGUAGUUCUUGAAGAAGCUACGCUUUGGUUUUAAGGUUCUCUCAUAGUUUGGCAAGAGUUCUGAAGAUUUGAACUCAGAGAAAUCUGUAAAGGGCAAUUGCAAACAUGGGUUUCAUGUGUGAUUUUUGUGGGGCUCAAAAGUCGAUGGUUUACUGCCGAUCUGAUGCUGCUUGUUUGUGCUUAUCGUGUGAUCGGAAUGUCCACUCGGCUAACGCCUUGUCGAAGCGUCAUACAAGAACACUGUUGUGUGAAAAAUGUCAUACGCAUCCUGCCGUGGCAAGAUGUAUUGAUGAGAGGAUUUCUUUGUGUCAAAAUUGUGACUGGACGGGCCAUGGCACAUCUACCUCAGCUUCAUCGUCACACAAGAGACAAGCCAUCAAUUGCUACUCUGGUUGUCCAUCAGCUGCAGAACUUUCUUCCAUCUGGUCCUUUGUUUUGGAUGUUCCCUCUGGAAAUGAUGCUUGUGAGACAGAGUUGGGAUUGAUGAGCAUUGCAGAGACCGACUUGAUGGGCGCUGGUCAAAAAAUGCUUGGGUCAACUGAAGCCAGUGACGUUUGCAGCCGGGAAAAGUCAAAUGUUUUGGAUGGAUCAUCUUCACUCACUGAUUUUCGCUCUAGGCCGCACACUUCAGGCCAGCCAGUUGAAUUGGCUAAUGUGGCUUUACCCAAGUUUUGCUGUCCUGGAACGAAAGUUGCUGGAUUCUUCGGUGAAGGCGAUGACCUCUACAAGGAGUUUGAUAUGGAUGAAAUGGAUUUGAAUCUUGAAAAUUAUGAGGAACUAUUCAGUAUGAGUCUUAAUCAUUCUGAAGAAUUUUUCGAGAACGGUGGAAUUGAUAGCCUUUUCGACUCAAGAGGCCUUUCGUUUGAAGAUUCAGUUUGCCACAGUGCAGUUGCUGCAGAGGGUUCUUCUGUUGGAGUGGUCAAACCAAUGCAGCCAGACUGCAGCAAUGGUGCAUCUGCUGACUCGGUGAUGAGUACUAAAACUGAACCAAUUCUCUAUUUUAAUUCAAGGCAAGCCCAAUCGGGUGUGUCGUUUUCUGGCCUCCCUGGCGAGAGUAGUGUUGGUGAAUAUCAGGACUGUGGAGCCUCUUCAAUGCUUCUAAGGGGAGAGCCUCCAUGGUGUGUCCCUGGCACUGAAAGUUCCUUCCCAUCUAUUGAACGUAACAAUGCUGUUCUGCGUUACAAGGAGAAAAAGAAGACGCGCAAGUUCGAGAAAACUGUGAGAUACGCCACUCGCAAAGUGAGAGCAGAUGGCAGAAGACGUGUGAAGGGACGGUUUGUGAAGGCAGGAGAGGCCUAUGAUUGCGACCCACUGAACCGGACUAGAAGCUGCUGAGUACAAUUUUUAACUAUGCUUUACAAAAAGGAAUGAAUCACUCUGAUGUUUGUUUGGAAAGAUGCAUUCUUUAUUUAUCAAACCAGUGGAUGAUUUCGAUACAUGAUGAAAAUCUGUCUGAUUAUAUCUCACAGGAAGCUUCAUAUCACCAGAAGACAAAAGGUGGAGUCGAAAAAGCAGUGCAAAAGAUUCAACGACUAAACUUUCCGUUCCGGGGCAGAUCGAAAAAGGGUGCAUAGAUCAACCAUCCAAUUAUACAGACAGCAGAAGAUUUGCCCCAAGCUUUGAGUAGUAGUUGCCCAUAAAGGUCAGCUCCUCUGCAAAUAUCUGUUUAACUGAUCCUUGUUGGGCAGAAACUAUACUUGGUGACUGUUUUUUUGUUGUUGUUCUGAACUGAAACCUGGCUUGUUGGGUGACAAGACCACCUUUGCCAAAAUACUUUUUUUUGUCUGUAUAGCACACAAUCAGCAUAAACACAUGAAGUUGAGUUGAGUUAAUAGCAGUAGAAUAUGGUUCCAAGCUUGAACAUAAGAUUUUCUGCUGUUUCCCAGUUCUUGUAAAUGUAAGAUGAUAAAUUGCAUGUGGAGUUGAAAGGGAUUCGGUCAUUCUUCUCA